UCUCCGCCUGCUGCCUGGUCUUCGCCCGCUUCUCCAUUUCAUACCUUCCACCACCACUAGUCUCCGGUGGGGGACGACCGGCCGUCGCCUCCGAGCUCAUCGCGGUCGCAAAUUCUGGAUUCGCACGCCGCCCGGAUCCACACCGAGAUCUGCUGUGCUGUGGUGAGAGCUGCCAAGAAGCUGAGGUGCUACUCUGGAGGAGCUCGCCAAAGGAUUGUUUCUGUUUCGGUUUUGGUAAUCACUAAAUAAUGGAGGAAGUGGAGGAGGCGAACAGGAUAGCCGUUGAGAGCUGCCACAGAGUGCUGGGCCUGCUCUCGCAGUCGCAGGACCCGGCGCAGCUCAGGAGCAUAGCUCUGGGGACGGACGACGCCUGCGCCAAGUUCCGCAAGGUGGUCUCCCUCCUCAGCAACGAAGCAGGAGGAGGGGGAGCAGUAAGCCAUCCCAGAGCCAAGGUUGCAACCAGGAAACAGACCCCGGCCUUCCUGAGCCAGAAGGGCUUCCUGGACAACAACACCCCGGUGGUGGUGCUCAACAGCAGCGCCCACCCUUCCACCAGCUCCGCGCAGGCGUAUCCUAGGAACAGCAUUCUGGAUUCGCAUGGCGUGCACCCGAUCGGAGGGCCUCCCAAGCUGGUCCAGCCAUUGUCCGCGCACUUCCAGUUCGGCAACGUAUCGCGGUAUCAGUUCCAGCAUCAGCACCAGCAGCAGAAGAUGCAGGCUGAGAUGUUCAAGAGAAGCAACAGUAUCAGUGGGAUCAACUUGAAGUUCGACAGCCCCAGUGCGGCCACGGGGACGAUGUCGUCCGCGAGAUCCUUCAUGUCAUCUUUGAGCAUGGAUGGUAGUGUGGCUAGCUUGGAUGCCAAGUCUUCCUCGUUCCAUUUGAUCGGUGGGCCUGCUAUGAGUGACCCGGUGAAUGCGCAGCAGGCGCCGAGGAGGCGGUGCACGGGGCGUGGGGAGGAUGGGAAUGGCAAGUGCGCUGUAAAUGGCAGGUGCCAUUGCUCAAAGAGAAGCAGGAAGUUGCGGGUGAAGAGGACCAUUAAAGUUCCUGCCAUUAGUAAUAAAAUUGCUGAUAUACCUCCAGAUGAAUACUCAUGGAGGAAGUAUGGGCAGAAGCCUAUUAAGGGUUCCCCUCAUCCCAGGGGGUACUACAAAUGUAGCAGUGUCAGGGGCUGCCCAGCCAGGAAGCAUGUUGAACGUUGUGUGGAUGAUGCGUCAAUGCUCAUUGUGACAUACGAGGGUGAACACAACCACACACGAAUGCCAGCUCAGUCUGCACAGGCUUAGGGAAUCACUUUGAUCGUCACACCCUCUCCAGGGAAUACCAACUCGCCUGCCCUUGUCGAUGGCCGACUGCACUGUUCUUCUAAAUUAGAAUUGCAAAGUGACAAACACUGGGAUCCAUUUGAGCAGUUGAUGUGUUGAUUGUCCUCCUGACCUACAUGUUUUGUAGGGAGUGUCAGUGAGAGAAUGCAAAAAAUGUUCUUCUCCCUUAAGGAGGCAUCAAAAUUGAUGACAUUUUAGAACAAGAUGUUAGCUAGGACACCUGAAAUUGAGAUUUUUCUCAGGAGGGAGUGCGGAGAGCUGGAAUGGGAGAUAGAAAUUGGGGGUGACAUGUAUGUAAAGGUUGGAAAAUUGAGAAAAUUAAUCGCUCUCCCUCCUUUUGUACUAAGACAACAAAAGCAAAUGCUAGUUUCAAAUAAAAAGGUGUUGAAAUUGGGGAUGUAUGUUCUUUUAUGGACAUUGAGCUUAAGAAAUUAAA